GAGAAGGAAGAUGACAAGGAGGACAUUCUCCCACCCGAUAAAAGUAUCCGAAGGAGAACCGUGGGCUGGGUGAAUAAAAAAUGGGAGAAGAGGAACCUCAGAAAGAUAGAGAGAACGUAUCAGAGAGAGGCUGAGGAGGGCCAUAAGAUCGUCCACAUAGCCAUCCCUGGACACACAAGGCUAACAUCCACCAUGACCCGGGCAGAGAGAGAGAGGGAGAAGAGGAAGGAGCUGCUGAAGGCUGAGGAGAGAAGGAAGAAGAUGGAGGAUUUCAAUAAGCAGUGGAGAGAGCGGUCCCUGCUUAAAAAACAGACUCAUCAACAACUGAAGGAGGAGAGGGAGAGGAUGAAGGAAAACUACCUGGAGCAGAUGAAUCUGGAGGCUGAUGCUCAAAUCAACAACCGGUGUCUAACCACCCAACACAGCCACGAUUACAACCACGGUCAGGAGUUGCCCUGCUGGGCCACAGGCCAACAAGUAAGCCAAGAGCCCACUGGAUCUGCUGAUGGCCACCAGGAAAGGCCAAGGAGGCAACAGGCAUGGGCAGAGAACCAGGAGGGGAGUUCAGAGAACCAGCAGGAGGGGCCAGAGAACCAUCAGGGGGGGCCAGACAGCCAGAAGCUAGAAGCUCCAGAAGAGGUUGAAACAUCAGAGCGAAUAUCCAAGACAAAGAAAAAGCCAAGCAUCUGGAAGAAAAUUAGGAUGAGGUAAAGAAUGUUUAAAUAUCUAUUCAUGUUUUACACUGUUAAUAUACAUGUCAUCACUUUAAAAAGUGACAUUAUCCAAAUGUGAGGGUUUAGUGUACAUGCAACACACAUGUAAAUAUAUAGAUACUUACCUGUCUCUGUGAUGUCUUACAGCCUCCCUGACGUGCUGUCUGCCUAGAGCUGGAACUCGAUGAAGCCACAGUUCCACUGAGGUUACGUUGGUAAUUAAAAGUGUCGCCCAAUAAUUCCUCCUCCUCUUUAAGUCAUCGAGCCACAUGUCCUCCUCAAAACAUUAUAGUCUCCUCAAGCCAGCAAGUAUCCUCUUUAUCAGGCAACAAACCAUCGAAGGUCAGUGACCCUCCUCCCAAGAACAGAGACUCUCAUCUGUAUCCAAGUUAAAUUAAUCUCUGCUUACCACCUCUACAGUCCUAGAAAAUAUCCC